AUGUUUCUCUUUCCGCUGAUUCUGGUCGCUUCCGCGUCGGCGCUCCAGUGCUACACAGGAUAUUCUAUCAUAAAGGGUUAGUUACUUAGGAAUUCCAGAGUGGUCCCUAUAGGGGUAAAGAGUUCGUAACAAUUAUCGACUAGCAUGCCCCCUAUAAGGAACACUUCUGCGAGCUUUAGUGGCCUCUAUAGGGGUUAGUAAGGUGGUCCCUAGAGAGGAUCCUCCAAUUUUCCAUUUGCCACACGGCUCGAAAAAAAAAAUCUCGUUUUCCUUUGGCGCCGAGAAACACUAAAACAAUACAUAAAAAAGUCCCCAAAACAGGAAAAGCCAAAUUUCUCAGGGUUUUGCUGUACGGGAGAAGUUGAAAUAUAGCGAUUAUGGGAAAUUUUUGAGGUUCAGACGUUUCCGAACUUUGUGAAAUACUAUGGAACGUGGCAUAAAAAGGUCUCAUUUUUUUUUUUAAAGGUUAUUACAGACUCCUGACCUUCUCUAGAUUCUCCAGGCGUUCUCAAUUUACCAAUCCCGGUAAAAAUGAAGCAAUUUUCAAAUAAAAGAAAAAAAUCCAGAAUAAAACUGAAAAAUGAAUGACUCAUAGUUACGAGACUAUUUUUCACUGGUCGACGUUAGCCACGGGACGUUUUCAGUUUACCUUCCCUGGUGGGAUUGAAACAACAUAGUAAAAAAGGAAAAGCUUCUUUGAAGACCCUUGAAAGGCCUUCUUAAGGAGCCGGGUUCCGCUAAAGGCUCCUAAAAUUAUGGGACAAAUCUUUUGGGCACAUUUUUCAUAGCCUCAGAAUUCCUUUUUGAAUCGCUCCAAUCUUUUUAGUUGCCUCUUCAUUGGUGGAUGUGAACAAGAUGCGAAAGUGAAGUAAAAAAAAGAUCUAUUGGGGACCCUUAGAAGAUUUGAAAGAAGCUUCCCCCCUCUGCCCGAAUUUCGGUUGAAGCACUUUUUAUUAAUAGUUUGAUUCACAGGUCGGACAAUCGGGACUGAGACGAAGAACUGCAGCAGCGACUCGGACUUCUGCUACAACGCGACCGCUGAUGUUCACGCCCUCAGCACGGUCCAGAAGGCCGGUUGCAAUUCGCUCCUCUGCAGGGUCUCGCUUCUUUCAAAUUUUUCAGUUUUCAGAAAAACAUCUUGCUCAUUUUCUCAAACUUCGUUAGUUUAUAAAUGCGCGAGCUGAUCUGUGAAGAUUUUUUUCACCAAGCAUAACUUUAGAUAUUUCCAAAAUGGUAGUUUCUCGGCAUUUUUUCUGAUUUCUAAAGACGGGUUAAUCUCACCAGCGACCUCUCUCAACUCCAAUCAUCACGAAUCAUAGCUUAUUUCCAGUUCAACGCGAACAAAUGUUUCACGCAGACACUUGCCGGAAAAUCUCUUCUUUUCUGUUGCUGUAACACUGGCGACCGAUGUAACGGUGGGAAUAUCACGGUUAGUUUUUCUAAUAAUUGAUGAAAUUUAUUGCUAACUUUUAUAUUUCUACUUUAGGAUCCCGGAUCUUGGGUCCAACGAGGGCUAUCGACUUUGAAAAGUCUCGCAACUUUCGCUGGUUGA